GCCUAUUACCUCUUCCCCCACUCCCUCAACUCUCUCUCUUGCUCUUUAGUUCAAUUACUCUCUCUGUUUUUCUUUACUUCUUCAUAAGCACUUUUGCAGCUUAACUUCCUCAGCAACCUUAUAAGUGAAGAUAUGACUCAACAGAAUGUGGUAGUGUCUGAGACCAAAACCGGAAUCAACAGUGGUGGAAGUACUAUUACCGUGGCACAAAAGCCACCAGCAGCACCAGGAUACAUUCCCAUUCCAAGGAGGAGAAUUUUGAAGAACCUUGAAAUCAAUGGUGGACAAAGAAUCAAUACAUGGAUUGAUUCUAUGAGAGCAUCUUCUCCAACUCAUGUGAAAUCGACUCCUUCUUUGGCUGAAGAAUACAAUUCUUGGAUUCUUCGCCAUCCAUCGGCAUUAGACAUGUUUGAACAGAUUAUGGAUGCUUCCAAAGGGAAACAGAUUGUUAUGUUUCUAGACUACGAUGGCACUCUAUCGCCUAUAGUCGAUGACCCUGACCGUGCUUUGAUGUCUGAAUCGAUGAGAAAAACAGUUAGGCAACUUGCAAGAUGUUUUCCUACCGCUAUUGUUACCGGAAGAUGCAUAGACAAGGUGUACAAUUUUGUUCGUUUGGCUGAACUAUAUUAUGCUGGUAGCCAUGGCAUGGACAUAAAAGGGCCAACAAAAGAGUCCAAAUACAACAAAAAUAAGAAAGCUGAGGAAAUUCUUUUUCAACCUGCCAGAGAAUUUGUUCCAAUGAUAAAUGAGGUGUAUGAACAACUAGUUGAAAAAACAAAAUUGACUCCUGGUGCUAGAGUUGAGAAUCACAAGUUCUGUGCUUCUGUUCAUUUUAGAUGUGUUGAGGAAAAGAGAUGGGUUGAAUUGGCUGAGCAAGUAAAAUCAGUGAUUAAAGAGUACCCUAAGCUUCGUCUUACACAAGGAAGGAAGGUGGGUCAUUGUUCUAUAUAUUUUUUUUAUAAUUAUUAUUAUUUUUUUUUUGGAGGGGGUGUUAUAUUUUUUAUGGUGGGGUGUGAUUUAAUUAGUUCAAAGGUGAUUAUGACAGGGAUUAAGAAUAAUAUAAAUAAAAGAUGUCUCACUUUCAAUGUCAAUUGUUUAAUACAGGUAUUGGAGAUUCGUCCCGCAAUUAAAUGGGACAAGGGCAAGGCCUUAGAAUUUUUGUUAGAGUCACUUGGAUUUGCCAACUGUAAUGAUGUUUUUCCUGUUUAUAUUGGUGAUGAUAGAACCGAUGAAGAUGCAUUCAAGAAAUUAAGAGACAGAGGACAAGGUUUUGGAAUUCUAGUGUCUAAAUUUCCAAAGGACACUACAGCUUCAUACUCCUUACAAGAACCUAAUGAGGUUAUGGAUUUUCUUCAACGUUUGGUGGAAUGGAAAAAAGUAUCAACAAGAUCACGUUCACGGGUGUAGAUGAAUACAAGAAAUUGUACAUCACCACUGGCCAUAAAAUACAUGACUUUUUUUUUUUUUUUUCUAUGCUUUUUUUAGAUUAGGACAAAGAGCAAAAUUGUAUGAAAAAAAAAAUGAAAGACAAAAAUGUCUUUCUGAGUUUGAAGCUCUCAAUUGUCUCAUUGAUGUAAUUAGCUAAGUAGCUAGUAAUUAGUACGGGGGAAAAAGUAUAUGUACUAACCAUCAGAUAAUAUAUAUGAAGUAAUUCUGAAUGGGUUAAAAAAAUUGUACUCUUGCAAUAUGAUGAUUAUAUAUUAUAAGGUUACGUAUCAAAAGAUAUGUAUUUAUAA